AUGUCCGCAGAGUGGCAGAAACUGCUAUGGAGAAAGCAGCCAUACCCUGACAACUACAUACCCGACUCUUUUCUCUCAUCUCUUAGACGCAAUGCCAAUUUUUGCCCAUAUACGUACUGGCCUCUCGUACUGGCAGCAUGCACGAUCGCACAACACGUCUCUUCCAUCUUUAUUUUUCUAGUCACAUUCGUACAUUUGUACGAUGAAUCCUGGGACCCACGUGUCCUCGUCUGGAUUUCUGUCGGAAUGUUUUUGCUCGGAUAUCUACUCUGGGAGCUCAUGGACUGCUUCCUGUUCGGUCAGAGAAUGGAAAGGGAACACAGGGCGAAGGCACUCAAGUCGUCCAUCCUCGUCUUCUUGGCUCUUCUUGCCUUGUCACCAGUCUUACGGACUCUCACAGCAUCAACGUCAUCAGACUCCAUCUGGGCUCUGACAGCGUGUCUUUUCAUACUGAAUAUUCUAUUGGCGGAUUAUGGUCCAUCCAGAAGCGGACGUCUAGGUCGCGAAAGGCUGACUUCUGUUCUGUCCAUGAAUGCCGGAAUAUCUGCAUCCGUAGUUCUUGCUUCGCGACUUCGCGACGAUGUCUCCGUUUUCGCCUUAACGUUAUUCUCUAUCCAAAUGUUCGCGCUGUUUCCCAUGCUAAGGACGCGCUUACUAAUGAUGCCAUCACUUCUAAGGGCAUUGUUGACGUUCUGCGUAUCCGGGGUGUCGAUACACCUGACCUCGGAGGUUUCCCACUUGGUUACGAGGAUACAAGUCGCGAUAUUAGGUUUCGUAACAUUCGGUGCACCUUUAGCGCUCGUAUGGGCGCAGCGAUUCAAAAAUGAGAUACGGGGCCCUUGGGACGUUGCUGUGCCUCAAGUGCGCUAGCUGGGCAUUUUGUAUCUACAGUCUUGAGAAAAGAUAACGUCGCGUACCUUGUGUCGGCCCCUCCAAGCAAUUCUCAUGAAGUUUUUGCACCUGUUCCGCCAUUAUGCUCUGUUCCUGAAUGUUCCCGAUUCUCUGUCACUGAAGGGUGGCGCAGCACUUUUAGUAUCCGAAUUGAACGUCUACCAGUGGCUUCCCAAUCGCCUCAUGGGACAACCUCGGACUGCUGUGCUUUGAGAUUUCUCCGCUGUUAAAUACUUUAAGACCGAAUAACCGACAACGGCUAUUUUUCCAUUCAAAAAACCUGGACAAGACCGUCUCACGCUGAGCGCUCGGAUCUACGAUGCGUCUUCCUGCAUUGCCAUUACGGCCAUAUUUUACGUCCAACCACAUCGAUGAAAUUGACACAAUCUACACUGUUUCGGUCAUUACUAUUGAUUGCCUUUUAUACUUGCAAAUUCCCCCUUGCAGAGCUUUGGGUUCAUUUCCAGCAACUUGGUCCGGAGAAGAGCGGGGAUGAGAUGAAUACCAGCUGGCUGGAAAGCAAGAUUGUUGCCUAGUUUGUGCCUAAACAUCCCGCAGAGAUGAUGCUAUCCUAAGCAGCCCAGUGGCGCAGCGCUUCGAUAGCUGACGAUGAACCCACGGGCAUGGGCAGCCAGGUGGACCGACAGUCCGGCAUGAUAACAAAAAGUACCCAGGAGGGUCGAUGUGAAGGCACAACUUUCCCUCGGGACAUUUGCUCCGUCCGAUUGGUAGCCCGGAGGAGUGGGACCCACGGUUGAGAGCCAGUACGACUGGCUGCACUACUGAAUAUAGGUUUAGUUGAUCAGUUAUUGCAGCGGAUGCGAGUGCGCCAAGACCUUCUCUUGAAUACCAAGCGUGUUACGUCCCUCGGAAGUGUGCCGAUUUAAAUUAUCAGUUGGUCUAUAAAGACAUCAUAUGAACAGACUGCUAUUUCCCCGCCUCCGACGGUCGACGAAAUGCUGACUAGAGCCCCUCUCGUCUUCUGUCUUCUCUGCUUCCUGUUAUGCUGUACGUUGAUCAGAGCGCAGACGGCUGACUAUACUUCAAGGCUAGUUGAUGCUGGUACAAGCUCCCGUGACCCCGCCGUGAAUGAAGAGGAACGUGGGCGACGAUCAAGGGAGGGCGAGAUGAUGACCGGGACCAUUUCACAGAUGUGUGUGACUGUGUUCUUUUGAGUUUGUUUUGUUGUAAUCGCACAUCUUGAUCGACGACAUUUCAUCUUGUGUGUCCACUCAGGGCAAGCAGUACUGAUCUGGACGACGAUCGCCGGCCUACGGAAACGGUGUCGGGAUCGGGGACGGAUGAUGACGAUGAUCGCCCGGCGAUCACAGAGUCGACGUCUAUUAUUCUAAUUACCAGCUUGACGAUUGAGACGCUUGCCCCCUCCAACGCCGUUCUCCCGACGAGCCAGACCUUCACGCCUCUCGCGACCAUCACGGCCAACACUCCUCUCGUCAAUGCUGCGGCUUCCCACAGACAUCAGAUACCAUUCUUCUGGAGCUGGCUUCUUCGUCGAUAACACGGCCGAUCGACCAAAUAGCAAGAUCCCCUCGCUUCCCUCGCUUCCUUUACUUCCCUUACUU